CUCUAAAGCCAGUUUAUCGUCUGGUUAUCCUGAAAUUAUCCUGUAUUUUCGUUUUCUUGUUUAUUUUUCUUUUAUUCUUCUCCUGAAACAGUUCCUCUUCAUUUUGGCACAAUUGUCUUUUAUUUUGAAACUUCUCACCUGAACUCCCACCUUGUGUUCUGUUUACCUUGACACUUGAGUUGCUAUGGCGCAACUUCCAUAGCAACCCAGACACUGAUACACCUAUUUAAUCGAUAUUAUUCACAAGAUGACGUCUCUUGUUUAUGAAGACAGAAGCGUCACUUUGACAUAAAACAUGCAAGCCACACAAGUGAUCAAGUCAAAGCCGGUGGAGGCCACGAGGAAGACGCUCGAGGGAACCAAACCGGUGAUGGUACGGCCGCCGGUUAAGGGAGCACGGAAUGAACUCAGAGUUCCGGUUGUGCGUAAGAGCCGCGCGGCGAGCUGCCCGAGGUGUCCGCAGCGGGACCGGUGUGAGGGGAACACCGCCUUAAAACCGAGCUGUGAGAGCAGGUCCAGGUCCAGGUCCACCGCCCCGAAGACGACCACGAACCGGGACUACCGGAGGGCGACCAGCAGCUCUGUGCAACGCGCGGCCGUUACCCCAAAAGGCCGGGAGAUGAGCGCCUGUCCGGGGCAGAGGGGGGAGCAGCAGGGGGUCCGGGCCGAGACGACACGUGCGAGUGAGAGCCACAAAGCUUUCACCGUCAUCCCCCCGGACCCCAAGAGAAGAAGAGAGAUCCAGAGAAAGGCGGAGGCGGAGCUCGCCGCUUUAGAAGAGCUUCGGCUGAGCAGAGCGAUGGCUUAUGUCUCCAUUGACCCCAGCAGUGUUGGUGGCUGUUUGAGUCUGGAGGAAGUACGCUUGAAGCAGCAGCAGGAUCUGAUGGAAGCCAAGAGGAAACAGAAACCGGUGAGGAAGCAGCUGAUGGAGCAAACAGCGGUCCUGAAAUGCUGAGUCAGCUCUCCUCACUCUCUUCUGGCAGCUAAACUCAAAGUCACGUGGUUUUAAACUGGAUUAACUUCACAUCUCCGAAUACUAAAUAUCAAUAAAACAUGUACAGAAACACACAAUGUAUACACAAAGAGUGACAUACAGAAAUAUACAUUUUGAUUACAGUUGUUUAUGUUGUGUCAUGUAUUUUGUAUAUGAAAUGUCUGUUAAAUGAGUCUCAUGCAACUGUUGAUGAGGCUCAUGGGAAAUGUAGUAUUUAGCACCAUUAAAUACACCAAACUUGAUUUGUCAGGUACAAAUUUGCAGUCGUGGAAGAAUGAAGUAUUCCGACAAAGUAGCAAUGACUCAAUUUUAAAGAUACAAGUACUUGUAAAAAGUAAAAGUACUCACUAUGCAACAAUGUAAGCAGCGUUUAAAUAUUGCAGCCGGCUGCAGUAAAUCUAAUUUGACUCAUUUUAUAAAUGUUUUCAUUUACUUUAUAACUGUAUAUUAUAUAUGAAUAUUCCUCUGAGUUAAAGUAUAAAGUAGCAUGAAAUUAAAAUGCUGAUUGGAGACAUUAUGUACCGUUUGAAUCUGGAGAAAAUGUGUUUUAUUAUCCAGGGAACAGAGAGUAGAUUUCACAAAGUGUGGCGUUCCUUCUUGACAUUUAUUACUUUAAUUUAAUUUAAUAUUAUUAUUUGUACUUAUUUAUUUACUUAUUAAAAUGUUUCUUCUCCUGUCAUAUUUACAAAUGUUCUAUUUUUCUGGACUUACUCUUUCUGUUAGUAUUAAGUAUUUUAACUGUAAAAUAUUUUAUUAUUUAUUAUAUAUCUAAAUUGACAAUCAAUAAAAACGACCUUUGAAAGAAAAAAUUAAAUACAGUAGUUGAGUAAAUGUACUUAGUUCCAUUCCAUGUUAAAAUGUUUAGAAGUGUUGUGUAGUUAUUUCGAUAAAUAUGUUGUUUUCUGUCUAGAAACACAGAUUUUGAUUUUCUUGCAGAGAAAUUAGUUAAAAACUACUCAUUUACUAUGUUUUGGACUUAUAUUGUUCUGUAUAUGGUCAUCAAAUUGGUUAGGUGUUGUAAAGUUUAGAGUUAAUAUCCAGGGAAUGAAUUUAAGUUAAUUAAUUGUCUUUUAUGUUGUUGUGUUUCUGUCGUUCCUCUCGUCCACCAGCAGAGGUCGCUUUCUGCCUGUUUCAGAGGCAGUGAAGAUGAACACACAGCAUGUUGUGUAAUUGAUGACUGACUUGUUCUUGGAAAAUAUUUGGUUCCUUCUAGGAAUAAACUAUGACAAUAUUAUGGUCAGAGUAGAACUUAAAAUACCAUAGGAGAAAGAUAAGGUUACACACAGACAAACACCAUGAACCAUCGGCCAGAUAUCUGUGUUUUUAUUGGGGUUUGGGUCCUAAUGUGACACCGGAAGUCUUUGCAUAACACUGAUUAAAGGACAAAUAAAUGUCA